AUGUAGGUCCAUAUGCAGGUCCAGAUGUACGUCCAGAUGUACGUCCAGAUGCAGGUCCAGAUGUACGUCCAGAUGUACGUCCAGAUGUAGGUCCAGAUGCAGGCCCAGAUGUACGUCCAGAUGUAGGUCCAGAUGUAGGUAAAGAUGCAGGUCCAGAUGUAGGCCCAGAUGUAGGUCCAGAUGCAGGUCCAGAUGUAGGUCCAGAUGUAGGUCCAGAUGUAGGUCCAGAUGUAGGUCCAGAUGCAGGUCCAGAUGCAGGUCCAGAUGUAGGCCCAGAUGUAGGUCCAGUUGUAGGUCCAGAUGCAGGUCCAGAUGCAGGCCCAGAUGUACGUCCAGAUGUAGGUCCAGAUGUAGGUCUAGAUGCAGGUCCAGAUGUAGGUCCAGAUGUUGGUCCAGAUGCAGGUCCAGAUGUAGGUCCAGAUGCAGGUCCAGAUGUAGGUCCAGAUGUAGGUCCAGAUGUAGGUCCAGAUGCAGGUCCAGAUGCAGGUCCAGAUGUAGGUCCAGAUGUAGGUGCAGAUGUAGGUCCAGAUGUACGUCCAGAUUUACGUCCAGAUUUACGUCCAGAUUUACGUCCAGAUUUACGUCCAGAUGUAGGUCCAGAUGCAGGUCCAGAUGAAGGUCCAGAUGUAGGUCCAUAUGCAGGUCCAGAUGUACGUCCAGAUGUAGGUCCAGAUGUACGUCCAGAUGUAGGUCCAUAUGCAGGUCCAGAUGUACGUCCAGAUGUAGGUUCAGAUGUACGUCCAGAUGUAGGUCCAGAUGUACGUCCAGAUGUAGGUCCAGAUGUACGUCCAUAUGCAGGUCCAGAUGUACGUCCAGAUGUAGGUCCAGAUGUACGUCCAGAUGCAGGUCCAUAUGCAGGUCCAGAUGUACGUCCAGAUGUAGGUCCAUAUGCAGGUCCAGAUGUACGUCCAGAUGUAGGUCUAUAUGCAGGUCCAGAUGUACGUCCAGAUGUAGGUCCGUAUGCAGGUUCAGAUGUACGUCCAGAUGUAGGUCCAUAUGCAGGUCCAGAUGUACGUCCAUAUGCAGGUCCAGAUGUACGUCCAGAUGUAGGUCCAUAUGCAGGUCCAGAUGUAGGUCCAUAUGCAGGUCCAGAUGUACGUCCAGAUGUAGGUCCAUAUGCAGGUCCAGAUGUAAGUCCAUAUGCAGGUCCAGAUGUACGUCCAGAUGUAGGUCCAGAUGUAGGUCCAGACGGUAUUGUAUCAGAUAUUAUUAUGGCCAAUGUAAUCACAUCAACGGAAUUGUUUCACAGAUUAUUCGAUAAAGUCUUGGAAAGCAAAGAAACAAACACCAGCAGACUGGAAAGAAGGAUAUCCUGUCAAAGUACACAAAAUAAAAACAGGAGUAUGACAACUAUAAAGAAAUUAUGUUGCUCUCAGUUCCUGUACAUUAUUGAGAAGGAUAUUGCCUCUCUGUGUUGUUAUUAG